AUGCUAUUAGAGCAGAGGGAACGUGAGGAUGACUUUCGGCUUCUUGCCCCAUGGCUGCUGCUCCCCUCAGCGCGGCUGUGGGGCCGGGCAGGAGCUGGGGGGCUGCGCCCCCAGGGCCGGCGAGCCCAGUCCGACAUCUCCUCGUGCAAUGAGCCCCCCCCCUUGGGGUGGGGGCGGGGCCGGCCCCCGCACGCUCUGACCCCCCUGCCCCCCAGGUGCCAGUGUAACGGCCACGCGGACACGUGUAACGAACUGGACGGGACGGGCUGCCCCUGCCAGAACAACACGGAGACGGGCCCCUGCCAGAACAGCGCCCAGGCUGACAAGAAAGACUGCUACAAGUACCAGUGUGCCAAGUGCCGGGACUCGUUCCAUGGGGCGCCGGUCGGGGGGCUCCAGUGCUACCGGCUCAUCUCGGUGGAGCAGGAGUUCUGCUUCGACCCCACCUCGCAGAGCAACUGCUUCCACCAGCCCAACCUGCAGCACCUGGCGCGUGGCCGCACCGUGCUCUUUGGCGUGCAGCCCAAGUUCACCAACGUCGACAUCCGCAUCACCGUGGACGUCACCUUCGGCGCCGUCGACCUCUUCGUCUCGCCCGCCUACGACACCUUCGCCGUGGAUGUGGACCGGGCCACGGGGGUGCACGGCGUGCGGGUGCUGGCGCCGGGCGGGGCCGAGGGGGGGCCCAACGGCACGGCCCCGCCCCGGCUGCGGGAGGAGCGCCCCCGCGGGCUCAUCACCUACCUGACGGUGUGGGAGCCGCAGGCCGUGCUGGUGGUGCGGGGCGUGCGGGACCGGGUGGUGGUGACCUACCCCCACGAGCUGCACGCCCUCAAGUCCAGUCGCUUCUACCUGCUGCUGCUGGGGGUGGGCGCCGGCCCCAACGCCAGCGACUCCCAGGGGCUGCUCUUCUUCCGGCAGGACCAGGCCCACAUCGACCUCUUCGUCUUCUUCUCCGUCUUCUUCUCCUGCUUCUUCCUCUUCCUCUCGGCCUGCGUCCUGCUCUGGAAGGCGAAGCAGUUCCUGGACCUGCGGCACGAGCAGCACCGCCAGCUGCAGGAGAUGACCAAGAUGGCCAGUCGCCCCUUCGCCAAGGUCACGGUCUGCUUCGAGCCGGAGGCCGGGCCCCAGACCGCCGACCUGGUCUUCCUGCCGGCCCGGCCCCACAAGCCGCCGCCGCUGCCCGCCCCCCCGGCCCUGCCCAGCCGCCUCAAGCCCUACCCCGAGGCCCCCUACUCGGCCCACUUCCGCCGCUCCGAGCCCUUCCUCUCCCACCUGCUGGGCUACUCCUACUGCACCUUCCGCGUGGGCCCCGUCACGCUGGAGCCCACGGACGACGGCAUGGCCGGCGUGGCCACCGUGCUGCUCCAGCUGCCUGGCGGCACCCAGGCCCCCAACCGCACCUGCCUGGGCUCCGCCCUGGUCACCCUGCGCCACAACCUGCAGGACUAUUGCAGCGGCAGCCAUGGGGCCGGGGGCGCCCGCAAGGGGCUGCUGAGCCACGACAACCUCACCAGCAUGUCGCUGUGACACCCCAAUGGUGCUAUGACCGGCUACGACGACCCCCCCCCCCCGGCAUGUCGCUAUGAUACCCCCCCUCCAUCGCUGUGACCUCCCUGCCGGCAUGUCGCUGUGACACCCCCCUCCCCCAUGGUGCUGUGACACCCCCUCCAUUGCUGUGACCUCCCUGCUGGCAUGGGGCUGUGACCGGCCAGGACCCCCCCCCCGGCAUGUCACUGGGGGCUGUGCCUGGGGGGCUGCCACAGCUGCUAUCUCCCCCCCCCAUGUGGACAUUGGGCCUGGCAGCCUGGACAGCCUCCCGUGGACAGUGGGUCGCAGCAGCUGCCUGGAGGAGGAGGAUUCACCUUGGAGGGGGGCACCUGGACCCCCCCAUCCCAUGAAUGGGGGACUGUGUCCAACCUGCUCUGACUCCCUUCCACGAGAGCCCCCCCUGGCUCCAGGGGGCUGCUGGGGGCGUUUGAUCCUACAGUCGUCUGUGUUCAGUUAACUCCUGUAUUGAAGGGGGAAAGAGCCCCCCCUGGUGGGGAAUAAAGAGACCAGCCGGCUCUGCC